AUGGAUGGAACCAAGGCUCGAGUAGAUGCCACGUUCGAAGAUGUUGCGAAGACAACCGUUGGUAGUAGUAAUGCGACCGGGACGACACACAUGCAUGGCGACCGAGCGUUGAGGAUCAUCGGCCAUGGGCGAAUCAGCUUGACUGAAGAAGAUAACAGACGAAUCAGGCGUAAGACGGACAAGGUCAUCAUGACCAUCCUUGUCUGGGUAUACUUCCUCCAAAUCUUAGACAAGACCGCCCUGGGCUACGCCGCCACCUUCGGGCUGUCCAAGUCGACCCAUCUCAGCGGCAGCCAGUACUCCUUCGUCGGAUCCAUAGCACCCAUCGCACAGCUAGCAUGGCAGCCCUUCUCGUCCUAUCUCAUCGUCAAGGUGUCGCAUCGCAUCCUGAUGCCGACCUUGUGUCUAGGCUGGGGCAUCGCGCAGACCGCCAUGGCCGCCUGCCGGAACUACGGCGACCUCCUUGCUGCGCGGUUCUUCCUGGGCCUGUUCGAGGCGGGAUGUCUUCCCCUAUUCUCGUUGAUCACGUCGCAGUGGUUCAGGAGGGCUGAACAGCCGCUUCGCGUUGCUGCGUGGUAUAGUACCAAUGGCCUGGCCACCAUCGUCGCCUCUGCCCUUUCGUACGGGCUUGGCCAUAUUCCCUCUGAUCGACUAGAAUCCUGGCAAAUUCCCCUUCGUGUACUGGAAGCUAGACGACGACAUCCCUCCGCCCGCUUCCUCUCAGAGGAAGACAAACCAAAAGCAAUCGAGCGACUGCGCGCCAACCAGACCGGCACAGGCAGCCGCGACUUCAAAUGGCGCCAAGUCCUCGAACUGUGCCUCGAGCCCAAGACGUACCUCUGGAUAGCCCUAUCCUUAUUCCUAAAUGCCGGCGCCUCGGUCACCAACACCUUCGGCCCCCUGAUCCUAAACGGCUUGGGGUUCGACAAGUACACCACGUCGCUCCUCAACAUCCCCUUCGGCUUCGUGCAGUUCGUCAUCAUCCUCUUCGCCUCCUGGUUCGCGCAGCACUUCCGCAUCAAGUCCGCCAUCCUCUUCGUCCUGACGCUGCCCGUCAUCGCGGGGCUCGUCGUCCUCUACGUCGUCCCGCGCGGCAACGGCUCGCAAAAUCAGGGCGCCCUGCUCGCGGGCUACUACCUCCUCGCGUUCCUGUUCGGCGGCGUCCCCAUCAUUGUGGCGUGGAUCGUAGCCAACACGGCAGGCACGACCAAGAAAUCCGUCGCCAUGUCCGUCUACAACGCCGCCUCGUCGACCGGCAACAUAAUCGGGCCCCUCGUCUUCAACUCCCGAGACGCCCCCGAGUACAUCCCCGGCCUGCGCGCCAUGCUGGGUAUCUUCGUCGCUCUGGCAGCGUGCGCUGUGCUUCAGGCCGUGAACCUCGCGUUCCUGAAUAGACUCCAGGAGCGCAGACGCGUCCGAAAUGGCAAGCCGGCCAAGAUCAUGGACACGAGUAUGGAGGACGAGUACCGUGAUAUCUCGCCGGGCGCGGACCCAUCCGAGGGCAUCGUUGAGGGGUCCGCGAGUGACAUCGCGCAGGCUGAGGCGGCACACGCGCCCCGACGUAUUGGCGACAAUGCCUUCUCGGAUAUGACUGAUGGUGAGAACGACGAGUUUGUGUACUUACUUUAA